UGUAAGAUGACCCUAAUUACUUUCAAAGCAGUCUCUGGUCGGUUACUUUAAGUCAUAGUUGUGCGAAUAAUGGAAGAAAACCAAAUAUAGUGGUUGAGGAAUAAAACUAAUAACUUAAAAAAAGCUACCAAACUCGACCAACUACGAACAACUCAUGGUUUAUAAUUAUUUCUGUUUAGUGAAACAACAUAAACUUAAUUGCUAAUUAACAUAAUUAUACACAAAAUUAAGUUGCAGCAAUGAGUUUUCCUAUUCCAAAUCAGCUCCUUGAAAGGACCAUUCUCAGCAGUAAGGCCCUUGAGAAGUACAUCUUGGAAACCAGUUCAUAUCCCAAUGAGCAUGAACAACUAAAGGAACUUAGAGCUGCUACUGUUGACAAAUACAAACAAGUAAGCGUGAUGAAUACUGCUGUCGACGAAGGACAAUUUCUUGCAAUGUUAUUGAAGCUAAUGAAUGCCAAAAUUACGAUUGAAAUUGGAGUUUUUACUGGUUAUUCACUUCUUGCUACUGCUUUGGCUCUCCCUCAAGAUGGCAAGGUUGUAGCUGUUGACCCAUUUGCAGAGGCUUAUGAGGUUGGAUUACCAUUUAUUAAAAAGGCAGGAGUUAAACAUAAAAUUGAAUUUGUCGCAGAUUCUGGUAUUAAUUUUUUGAAUGAUCUACUCAACAAGGGCAAAGAAGGGAGCUUUGAUUUUGCAUUUAUUGAUGCUGACAAGGAAAACUACAUGAACUAUUUUGAGUUAUUGUUAAAACUUGUCAAAGUUGGAGGUGUGAUUGCUUUUGACAACACUCUUUGGGCUGGUUCGGCAGCUCUUGAUGAUGAUGAUGAACGGCUCAAGACUGACCAUGUUAUGAAAUAUCUUAAUCAACAUGGCCGUGUCGAAAUCCGACAAUUGAAUAAUCUUCUAGCCAAUGAUCCUCGGAUUGAGUCUACCCUUCUUUCAAUUGGUGACGGCCUUACACUUUGUAGGCGCAAGUACUAAAUAUGAUAACACAUUUUAAUUGUCUUGUGUUUUACGCUCUUUCUCUUCUAAUGAGUUUGUUAUCGACAUUGAUAUUUUCUUCUGCUAUGUCAAUUUGUAUCAAAUUCGUACUAAUGUUUGAUAUAUAGAUUAUAUUGUUGGUUCUGGUUCGAUCUACUUAAUUUUGGACAAAAAAUCAAGUUUACGUACCAUAUUGUUUUUUCUAAUAAAUAUCAAAUACUACUACCGGCCCUUAA